GGCGAAAAUUGUCGGAUGAAAAAUUUUAACGGAUGUUCAUUUGAAUGUUUAUUUAUUCAUAUAAUAUAUUUAUGUGAUCAAAGUAUUAUAAUUACUUAGGAAAUGUUACUUUUGAUUUUUAAUUUCUGUAAUUAUAAAUAAAUUUUCGCGCGUAUAUUUUAAAGAUAGAAAAAUAGUUUUUAAAUUAUAACCUAGUAAUGAUAAUUUUGGAGGGAGAUUAAAACAAACGUUUUGAAGUCACUUUUUUUUCUCUAAUGUAAUUUAUAGAUUGUUUAUUGCCAUGAAAAAAUUAUUUAUUUUGCUUGUGUGUGUUUUUAAAUAUACUUUGACACUCAAAGGUGAUUUUGAGUUAAAACAAUUGGGAGAAAAAGAAUAUUUACUAUUAAAAGCUAAAUCAAACUUACCCGUACAUGGACCCUGUUGGCAUGAAUCAUUAAAACAAUUAAAAAGUAAUUGCGAUAAAUUAAAUGAUCAUGAACAUUCAAUAUUAGCAUUGAGAUUAGCUAAUUGUUUUUUAGAAGACUCAGGACACGUUACUUAUGAUUGUUAUCUCAGUGAAACGGAGUCUGAUCGAAGGAAAUGCAUCAAUAAUAUGUCUGAUCGUGCUUUUGGAGUUUAUAAUGAGUUCUAUACCCACACUAUUCACAUAUGUUUCUAUUUGAACCAUGAACUUUGGCAAAUUGAAACUGAGAAGACUUUUCAGAAUUUGUAUGCCGCCUCGUCGAAAAUGACUGAACAGCUGGUAGAGGCUUCAAAAAUGCAAGGAUCAAUGCUAGAAAGUCAGAAGGAAGGUUUAAAACUUCAAAAUGAGUUAUUAGUAAAUGGAAAAGAACUUGGGACUGUCAUUCAAACAUCUGCAGAUUCAGUCAACACGAUGGUAUUGGACUUCAAGGAAAGUUCAAGGAAUCAACAAGCGCUGUUGAAUGAAAUAUUUUCCUACAUGCGUGCAUUCCAAGACUGGAUUGUCGGUGAAGUCUCUUGGUUCCAAUCGAUCGUUUAUUAUACAAUAGCUUGCAUUAUUUGCGCGUUAUUCAGCUCUUCCAAGAGGACAGUUGAUGCUAGAAUAACUCUUUUUGUAUUACUCAGCUUAAAUGUCACCGUAGAAAGAAUGUUAGUUCAAUAUAAUAUCAAUGUUAUGAGUCCCGAAGACAAGAUCCAGUUGGCUUAUUACACAUGGGGAUUGAGAAAAAUAGUAUUAUUAUUAUGUGUGAGUAUUUUACUCUACUCGUAUUACUCAUAUAGAGAUGAAUAUAUGGAGAACCACAAAGUAUUGAGAAGGAUUGAAAAAAAAUUGCAUUCUCUGCAAGAACCUCCUCAACCUUUUAGAUACAGAACAAGACUGGCAGUAAAAAGACUGAAUGAAUCAAAAGUUAUUGAAACUAAACCUCUAGCAAAAUGUCUAGAUGAAAUAACAACAUGACAC